AUUUUGAUCCGUUUCGUCUUUUCGUAUAAUUGUCUCCGUCACAAUCCUUCACGAACCAGUAUUCACAUAAUUGUCUUCUUCUUCUUCUUCUUCUUCUUCUUUGGUGAGUCUGGAAUCCCAACCUGAUCUGGAUUUGGAGGGUUAAUGGACGUCGAGAGGAUGAAGCAAUUGAUGUUCUUGUGGUGUAGAAAGCAAAGUGCAAGAGUCGCACUCGUGGGUGGGAACCACACAGCCUCUGGAUUUUGCACUCGAUAAAAAGGUUCGAUAAAUUUUGAGGAAUCGUAGGCUUAGUUUCUUUUUCCUUCGUUUGUGGCAAUUUCUUUCGAUUUCUGCAUCUGGGCUGUCCCUUUUGCUGCGAAUUGACCCUAUCUUGAACUUCUUGUACAUCCAUACUCGCAAUUUUUUUAAAAGGGUUUUGUUCGGUGGGUUAGGAGUUAAUCGUCGCAUGAAGGAAAUGGAGAUGGUUUAUGGGUAUAAUAAACCCAAGAAUGGGAGUAAGAUCAAGUGCUCUCGUGUUGGACCAAGAAUUCCUUUGAAUUCUGAUACUGUGUUAGUGGUAAAGAUUCCUGAUGUACAGAUCUUGCGCAUUAUGUCUCGUUCACUGUUUUUGGCUAUGGCUCUUGUCACGUUGCCUUUCUUGGGUUCCAUUCUCAAGGGAUUGUCUUCUUCUCCAUCAGAUUUUUCACAUUCAUCAGUCUAUCCUAAGUUUGAUACUGAGCCUCAUUCGAUCAAUGGUGUGCUACUGAACUUCCUCCUUAAUGAUUUGGCUGAUGAAGGCCUUCUCAGAAAGGACGAUAAGGCUCUUGUUAUAACCCCUCCAAAUGGAUUUGUUGAUGUUAUUCCAUUCAACAAUGAAGUUGAAGUGGUUUUGGACUCUGAUUUGGAGAGGAAAAUCUCAAUCCCAAAUGAGUCAUAUGAUUUUGUGUUCAUUUCUGCCUCUGAAGAUGCUGAAUUCGUCGAUCGCAUUCUGAAAUCUGAUGGCAUUGUGGCUCUUCCAUUAGGCACUAACCCGUCAAAUGCUUUCAAAGAGAAACCAAAUUACAGAGUUGUGUAUCUCCGUACCUACAGUUCUAUCAUAGUUGUAUUGAAGAAAACUGGCCCUGAACCUUCAUCAAAGAGAAAGCUUUGCCAAUUGGAAACAGUUUCCAAGAAGGUGGUUCUAAAUGGUCUUGAAGAUGUCUUUCUUGAGCCACCAAAAAAAUCUCUAGUGAAAUCCAAUAAGUACUUGAAGAAAAUCAAGUACCUACCCAACUUGAUGGGUAAUUCUCUUGACGGCUACAAGCGAAGAGUCUUCAUCGGUGUAGGUUUGCCUCAAGAAAACAAAGUCACAAUUGAAUGGUUCAAAAAGAACUACCCAAAGAGUCAGCAUUUCGAGAUUCACAGUCUGGAAAUCAAACCAAAAGACCAGUCUGUUUCCCAAACUGAUGUUUCUGCUUGGUUAACUAAGAAUGUGGAGGAGGAAAACUUUGUGGUGAUGAAGGCAGAAGCAGAGGUAGUGGAGGAGAUGAUAAAAAAGAGAACAAUUUGCAUAGCGGAUGAGUUGUUUCUAGAGUGUAAGAAUGAAUGGUGGAAGUCUGGGAGGAGGAAGAAUAAUCACAGAGCAUAUUGGGAGUGCUUAGCUUUGUACGGAAGACUGAGAGAUGAAGGAGUUGCAGUCCAUCAAUGGUGGGGUUGACAGACUAAUCCAAAGACUCAGAUACCAUAUCAGAAGCACAGAACAUAACAUGAUGCAACAUGAGUAUGUGACCAAAUUGUCAUAUUUAUGUAUGAACGGGGCUUGAUUAGUAUUAACCUGCAGAAUGGGGUGUUUCUCUGAUAUGAAUUUUGCAAUAUUUACAUGGGGGGUUUGUUGGUUAUUGUUCUGUGUUUGUUUAUGUUUCUGGGGUUUGAAUUUGAAGUUGUGGGUGGGGGAUAAUUAGGAGUGUAAUGUGGAUGUAGUUGACCUUGUUCUAUUGUCUGUGUUAUGUAAUGGCGCAAAAAAUGAUGUGACAAGUCUUAUAAAUAAAUAAAAAGGAUCCUUUUUUUUUU